AUGCUAUAUGGGUUUACCAAAAGUCAGCUGCUUCAAUUGCUAUUAGGUCGAAGUUGGAAGGCAUCUGAACUGCGUCUGAAGUCCUGGGAUGAUCUCAAUAAGCUAUGGUUUGUCCUGCUUAAAGAGAAAAACAUGCUGAUGACUCAACGUCAGAUGCUUCACGCACAGAAUCUUCGUUUUCCUAAUCCUGAGCGCCUUCCCAAAGUGAGGAAGUCAAUGUGUCGUAUCAAGCACGUACUCACUGAGAGAGCAAUUGAAGAACCCGAUUCCAGGAGGUCUGCUAAGAUGAAGAGGAUGAUAAAUGCGUUGUGAUGGCCUCUACACCCUUGUAUUGGAUAGUUGGUGAUACUGGCGACGCUGCCUAGCUUCUUUAUCUCCUUGCAUGUAGGACUAGAAACUUGUGGUAAUCCGAAUUAAAAGGAGCAACUUGUAAUAUGUGAUAAAUCUUUGAUGGCUUUAUCUUUCUAUUUUGAUGAACUCUUUUGGUGGCUUGUUUCUAUGUGAGCAAAAUAAGUACUACAGUUUCUGUUGAAGGAAUAUCGAUUUAGUGUGCCUUAUCAAACUAGGAGUAGCAAUAGGAGAGAAGGUUCUAGAUUUCCCAAUCCUACACGGAUUGGUAU